UGCAGUAACAAGGUCAACAAGGGCUAUGCAUUCGUCAAUUUUACUGAGCCAAGAGCAGCAUGGAAGUUUUACCUCGCAGUAAAUAACAAACACUGGAGUCUUUUUCAAUCUGCCAAGAUUUGUGAAGUAACUAGUGCAAGACUCCAGGGAAUAGAGGAGCUGGUAAGGCAUUUUCAGGGCUCAUAUUUUGAGUGUGAAACUGAUGAUUUUCUACCAGUUUGGUUCAGCCCACCUCGGGAUGGUUCCAAGGCUUUAGUGAAGCAGACGAUCAUAGGGAGACGUGUAUCGGGCCAGCAUCACCAAAUCUAGCUCUUCAGAUUUGUUGGCCUUGCUGCUGAUGUGACCAUAUAUCAUCAAGUUUCAGUUUCAGUCACUAGCUAGUUAGUCAAGUGAAGUGGUAGUUAGUUUUCGGUUUACUGUUUACUGGUCUAGUUAUGUUGGUUAUUAGCUAGUUUUUGUUGCUUGUACGAUGUGUAUGAGCAACCAUACGGGUCAUGUAUAGCAGUAUAACUAUGAACUACCCAGUGUAAUUGUGAUACAUUCCUACGUGUCGCAAUUAUAUUGGGUAGUUUGUAAAGAACAGCCAAUGUCGUCUCGCUUGGCAGUUACUGUUAUGUAUGAAUUUGUUUAUAUGUUAGGGUUUGGGUAUCUACGUUGUUCUUGUUGAGAAGAUGAAGAAGAGAGGGGGUGGAGCUUGGCACCAGCCAUGGAAAGGGCAGGUGGUGGGGUCCACCCUCCUUGUGUCAUGUGGAUGAAUGUUUUGUCUGUCUGUAAUCUGUAUAUGUAAUGAA